GGAAAAAGUACUUUACUGCUCAUUUUGGUGUUUCAAAACAUGGUUAAUGUCAGACCAGAAGGGGCCACUUGCCAUAAUAAGAUCAUUUGAUUAAACGUGAACUGGGGCAAAAAAAGAGAAUUGAUUUCAUAACUGACCCUAUGGAUAUGGUAUCAGCUACAAACACCACCAACAAUGGCACCUGUGCCAACCUGUAUGGCCAUCGCAGUUGGGCACACAUUUUUCUGCCUAUAGUGUACUCUCUGAUAUGUAUUGUUGGAUUUCUGGGCAAUGCCUUGGCUUUGCAUGUCAUCUGGCCUAACCUAAAAAAAAUGAACUCCACCACUCUCUACUCAGCCAACCUGGUGGUGUCAGACAUCUUGUUUUCACUUGCUCUGCCUUUGCGUGUGGUUUACUAUGCAAAAGGAUUCCACUGGCCAAUGGGUGAAGGCUUAUGUAAGGCCACAGCACUGCUGUUUUACAUCAACAUGUAUGCCGGCGUCAACUUCAUGACCUGCUUAAGUGUGGACCGUUUCAUUGCUGUGGUACUACCGUUGCGCUUCUCGCGGUUCCGGAAAGUUCGGAACGUGCAGUACAUUUGUGUGGCCGUAUGGGCAGUGGUGCUAAUGCAGACCCUGCCUUUGCUGUCUAUGCCCAUGACAAACACGGAGCAAAGUUAUCACAUUACAUGUAUGGAGUAUCCCAACUUUGAGAAAAUUGAUAACUUGCCCGUCAUGCUCAUUGGUGCUGUGUUUCUUGGCUUCGGCUUUCCCAUGAUCACCAUUCUGUUGUGCUAUUCCGCACUCUGCUCCAAACUCCACCUGCUGGCCAAGUCCAAUAAACUGAUGGAGAAGUCGGGUCGAAGUCGCAAAGUUAUCGGUGUGAUUUGUGCCGUCAUUCUUGUGUUUGUGGUUUGUUACAGCCCGUAUCACAUUGACCUCCUGCAGUACAUGAUCAGGAAGCUGCUGUACAACCCAGAUUGUUCAGAACUGCACAACUUUCAGAUCUCCCUUCACAUCACUGUCUGCCUCAUGAAUCUCAACUCAUGCCUUGACCCCUUUAUAUACUUUUUCGCCUGCAAGGGCUAUAAGAAGAGGAUACUCGCGCUGCUCAAGAAGCAAGUGAGCAUGUCCUUCUCAAGUGUGGUCAGGACCUCCCCUGAGGAAUCCUCCAAAGAUGUGUUUGCAAAUGACAAAAUACAAAUGAGUGCCAGAAACUACCAGAAAGAGAGAAGCAGCAUGCUACUGAGUGAAUAAGAGCAGCAAUACUUUUGAACCACCUCUUUUUAUGUCAAAUGCAAUUCAAAGAAAUGCAGAAUGAUUGUAUGAGAUGUUCUAUAAAAACACUUACUUAAAAUAUUAUGUAAGAAAAACCAUCACUAAUGGAAGGAGAAAAGUUGAGAGUAAGAGUAAAAGACAAAUGGCAACCAGCAGUUGUUUUGAGGAAAAAAUAUUUCUUACCUCUGGAUUAUUUUAUAAACAUUCAAAUUGUAGGUCAUUAGAACAUGGUUAACAUUGUUUUCCUGUUCAAAGAUUAUUAUACAUUGUGUCAUUGUCUUACAUAGCUUGUUUGUUGUACAUAAUUUGGUUUGGUGUUUUUAAUUGCUCUUUUGAUUAAUAAAGAAAACGAAAAAAGCUGCAAUAAUACAUAAUGACACAUGGCUCUUAAAAUAGUUUUGAAAUACCAUGAAAUAGUAGCCUACAGCGCUACUCUAAGUGCCUUAGGCAGCACCAGGAGUGGUACAGCAUGUUAAACUUGAUGAUAGGGUUGGGACAUAACAAAAUACAUGUAACAGGAUUAUGUAUUUAAAAUACAAAAUAUGUGUAACUGUAUUCCACUACAGUUACAAUUUAAAUUGUUGGUAAUCAGAAUACAGUUACAUUCAAAAAGGAUUUUGAUUACUGAA